UCUAAUUUCCAUGUGUCAAUAACAUUAAAUGAUUUCAAUGAAUCCUGCUGGUUUAAAAUAAGCUUUACAACUUUUAUGAGACACGAGAAAAUGUAUGAGUUCGAAAGUGUUGAAGUUAAACCAGGAACAACCAAACUGAUUGAACUACAUGCACCUUCCUUAGACUAUGGAUUAGCAAAUUUAGAAGUCCAUGGAUAUCGAGGUAUAAUAAGCAAGGACUCAGCUUUAAUCCAAAUUAGAUCUGAAGAAUAUUGGGUCAUCAUUCAAACAAAUAAAUUUAAAUAUAAACCUGGCGAAUUGGUACAAUUUCGAUUGAUUUGUAUUGACCAAUUAACAAGACCUUCAAAGUUAAACCAGAACAUAACGGUAAAGAUUUUUGAUGGGCAACACAAUACGUUAAAAAGUUUGAGUGAUGUAGAACUUGUGCAAGGCGUUUAUAAGGGUGAAUUUCAAAUUUCUAAAAAUCCUGUGUUGGGUAUUUGGAAAAUAAGAGCAACUAGUGAUAGCAUUUUCACAGACAAAAAUUUUGAAGUUGAUCGAUAUGCUCUGCCAAAGUUCAAUGUUGACAUUAAAGCAAGUAUUAUUGCUACCGAAAAGGAUCAAGUACAAUUGGAAGUCAGUGCAAACUAUUUUCAUGGUGAACCUGUAAAAGGAAAUUUGACAAUUAUUUUAACCAACACCGAACUUCCAUCAAUGCAUUAUUAUAUGCCAUAUGUCCCAACAUUAACAAGAGAUUUAGAAAUCAAUGGAAGCACCACAAUUAUUUUAGAUUUAAAAAACGAUCUCAAGUUUGAAUUUGGUAAAAACAAGGAUCAAGGACCUCUUAAUCCUUAUUCUCUUAAACUCGGAUCAUAUAAAUUUAAUGUAGAAGCUUUCGUAAUUGAUGAAUUAAGUGAAGAAAAGUCGUGGGCUGAAACUAAAUUGGAAAUACCUAGUGAACCUUAUUACAUUGAACUUGAAGCACCAGAUCAAUUUGAAUCAGAUGCAAUAAUUAAAAUUAAGGUUUGA